AUUGCCUGGCGGCGCGGGGCGGCUGCUGGGGAGAUUGCACCGCCUCCCUCCAUCUCCCGCCGGGCGAGGACAGCCUGGAGCGCUCGUAACGCCGAGCUCCCGGGGCGUGCGCGCGCGCGCUCUGCAGUGGGGGACCAGCGGCCGGAGCGACCCGCCGCCCUGCAAGCAGCCUUGCCCGGGACUCGGCUUUCCCCGCGCCUGGCACCGGUCAUGAGCGGAGGAUUAAUUAUGCUUGUGGAAUAAACGAAGCAAUUAUUGAUGAGCAAAAUAGUAGACCAGAAGACAGGCAGACUGGAACAGAUCAGCUGCCAGGAGGGCCAGUUGCUGAAUUGGAAGCAUGGAGGAGGGGAUUAAUGGAAAGAUGAACCAGGCCCAUGUCCUCUUUGACCGAUUUGUCCAGGCUUCCACCUGCAAAGGGACUCUGAAAGCCUUUCAGGAGCUCUGUGAUUAUUUGGAGCUGAAGCCCAAGGAUUAUCGUAUGUUCUACCACAAGCUCAAAUCCAAGCUCAGUUACUGGAAAGCAAAAGCUCUUUGGGCCAAGUUGGAUAAGAGAGGCUGCCACAAAGACUAUAAGAAGGGGAAAGUAUGCGCCAACACGAAGUGUCUCAUUAUUGGGGCUGGACCCUGUGGCCUUCGAACAGCCAUUGAUCUCUCCUUUUUAGGAGCAAAGGUGGUGGUGAUAGAAAAGCGUGAUGCCUUCUCCCGCAACAAUGUUCUGCAUCUGUGGCCGUUUACCAUUCAUGACUUGAGAAGCCUUGGUGCCAAAAAGUUCUAUGGCAAAUUCUGUGCAGGAGCCAUUGACCAUAUCAGUAUUCGUCAGCUUCAGCUGAUACUCUUGAAGGUCUCCUUAAUCCUUGGUGUUGAGAUCCAUGUCAACGUAGAAUUUCAGGGACUUCUCUGUCCGCCUGAGGAUCAGGAGAAUGAGAGGAUAGGUUGGCGCGCACAAGUCCAUCCAAAAACACAUCCUGUAUCAGAAUACGAGUUUGAUGUGAUAAUUGGAGGGGAUGGAAGGCGAAAUACUUUGGAAGGAUUUCGUCGAAAAGAGUUUCGUGGAAAGCUGGCAAUUGCCAUCACGGCAAACUUCAUCAACCGGAAUACCACAGCCGAAGCCAAGGUUGAAGAGAUCAGCGGCGUGGCUUUCAUUUUCAACCAGAAGUUCUUCCAGGAUCUUCGAGAAGCAACUGGCAUUGAUCUGGAAAACAUUGUUUACUACAAAGAUGAUACCCACUAUUUUGUCAUGACUGCCAAAAAGCAGAGCUUGCUGGACAAAGGAGUCAUAUUACAUGACUAUGCAGACACAGAGCUAUUACUUUCACGAGAGAAUGUGGACCAGGAGGCUCUGCUCAGCUAUGCCAGAGAAGCUGCCGACUUCUCAACUAACCAGCAGCUGCCAUCACUGGACUUUGCCAUCAACCACUAUGGACAGCCUGAUGUCGCAAUGUUUGACUUUACGUGCAUGUAUGCCUCAGAGAAUGCAGCCAUGGUUCGAGAAGUGAAUAGCCAUCAGUUACUCGUGGCACUGGUGGGGGACAGUUUGUUAGAGCCAUUUUGGCCAAUGGGAACUGGAAUAGCCAGGGGCUUCCUUGCUGCCAUGGACUCCGCCUGGAUGGUACGAAGCUGGUCUUUAGGAACAAGUCCUUUGGAGGUCCUGGCAGAAAGAGAGAGCAUUUAUAGGUUGUUGCCUCAAACUACUCCGGAGAACGUCAGCAAGAACUUCAGCCAGUACAGCAUUGAUCCCGUCACUCGGUACCCCAACAUCAAUGUCAAUUUCCUAAGGCCAAGCCAGGUACGUCAUUUAUAUGAUACAGGAGACUUGAGGGAUAUUCAUCUGGAGAUAGAAAAUUUGGUGAACUCUAGGACACCGAAGUUAUCACGGAAUGAGUCUGUGGCCCGCUCUAGCAAACUUCUGGGCUGGUGUCAGAGGCAGACAGAUGGAUAUGCUGGUGUGAACAUAACAGACCUUACAAUGUCAUGGAAGAGUGGCCUAGCGCUGUGCGCUAUUAUUCAUCGGUUUCGUCCAGACCUGAUAGAUUUUGAUUCUCUAGAUGAACACAAUGUAGAGAAGAAUAAUCAGCUGGCAUUUGACAUUGCUGAGAAGGAGCUUGGAAUCUCUCCCAUUAUGACUGGCAGAGAUAUGGCAUCAGUUGGUGAACCAGACAAGCUGUCCAUGGUUAUGUAUCUCACCCAGUUUUAUGAGAUGUUCAAGGACUCUAUUCCUUCCAAUGAUAAUCUGGAACUGAAUGCAGAAGAAAAAGCUGCUUUAAUUGCUAACACCAAAUCUCCAAUCUCCUUCUUCAGCAAGUUGGGACAGAGCAUUUCACGGAAACGGACACCAAAGGAUAAAAAGGAAAAAGACCUGGAUGGUUCAGGAAAGAGGAGGAAAACAAGUCAGUCAGAAGAUGAGGACACUUCCAGAAGCUGCCGUGAAGACAGGCCCACUCUCGUAAGUGCUCUGACAGAAAGAAGAAUUGAUGCUGCUAUUGGGAACCAGAAUAAAGUGAAGUCCAUGGCAACACAGCUGCUAGCCAAAUUUGAGGAGAAUGCCCCGGUACAGUCCACAGGCAUCCGGAGACAGCCUUAUCAAGAGCGUGCUCUCAGCCAUCCCACCUAUCGACAGCGAGAGCAGGGCCGCCAUGUCCCAAUACCUCAGUGGAAACAGAUGAGGAAAAAGGAGCGUUGUCGGACCUGCCCCAAAAAAGUGAUCAUGCUCUCUUCUUCCUACAUUUGCACUUCCACUCCAUCGUACUGCAGUCAGCAGACCAUCAGAGACCCUCAGGCAGAUCCACCUGGAGAACAGAGUCCCAGCCAUCGAUGGAGGCCUCAUCAGUUCUUUUCAGAUGACCAUAUGGCAGAGCAUACCCUCACCAUUGAACAAAGGGCAAGCCAGCUGGCUGCCCUCCUGGAGCAGAGGCCAACAACCAGGCACCAGCCAGAGACUGAGCGAGCUCGUCGAUCGGUUGUCGAGCAGUGGGAGCUCUCCCGUAGCCUCCGCUCUUCCAGCCGCCCCGCUUCUCCCUCGUCUGAUUCCCUCAGACAGGUAGCAUGGUGUGGGGCUUCUAGCUGCACAUGGCUGCGUCUCCUGCCGUUGAAUAGACAUGGUCUUUGCCUUGACGCAGUGGAGCUUAUUCUGUGUGCUUGCAAAUGAGAGAGCUUAGGCUGCUUUAAAUCCAGGUUACUUCAAGAAAUUGGGACUGAUGCACCUCUUGCCUGUCUUAACAUCACUGGCUAUAUUUUAGAGAAUGCCUCCAAAGUUAUUCACCAAACAGAGACAUUCACACCAUGGAGGUUUUCAAGAUUCCUCCUAAUGCUGUUGUUUACAAUGUAUUGGAUUGCUUGAGGCAUCUCUGGAGCCCAAUUAGCAAAUCAUGGUUUGGUCAGCAAGUGCACUUCUUUCUCACCUUGCUCCACCGUUAUCUCAAUCAUGUCCUCAUUUGGUUUUCAUUUCCACAGUAGUAAUAACUAUGAUGACUGAAGUUGCACUGUUAUAUUUUUGAAGGAAAAAAUGGAGACUAGUGAGCAAGGAAGUAGUGAAAUACUUGUCACUCACCUUGUUGAAACUCCUGAACUAGGAAACAUGUUAUUUAUUGUUCCUUGUCCAAAGUCCAAACAUUUUAUUUAUUGUUCCUUGUCCAAGUAUUGUUCCAAAUACUUGUGACUCACCUUGUUGAAAGUUCCUAAACUAGGAAACAUUUUAUUUGUCAGAAAAUAUUGCUUAUUUCUGCAAACAAACAUAUAUAUGUUUAUUAGGCUAGGCCUUUGAAAUUCUGUACUCCAUGUCUAGGCUUGGUUUUAUGUGUGUGUCUUUGCUUUUAUUUAGAUAGCAGGAGGAGACAUAGUUUUGAGUGGUUACACCCAAAGGGAUGGCUAAAUUUAUAGGUAUCCAGAAGCACUUUCUGAUUGGAAGACUGGGAAUACAGUAUAAAUCUCCUGUUCUAAUCAAAGGAGGAGGUUCUUCCAACCAUUUUGGAUAGGAAAUCAAGUUCCCUCCUAAAAGGCUUCUGUUGUCAUUUCCUCUGACUGAGAUAGAACUUAAGCCAAUGACUGAAAAACUUUGGGUGACCACAGAUCACAAUUUCUCUUCUCCCUUCUAAAUGAAAAGGAAGAAGCAUUUACAAGCCACAGUCUACUCUCUGUGAGAGAAGACUUGCUGACAACCAGAGAGAGAAUGUUUCUGGCAGUUAGCCAAUAUAAUUGGCCAAUUAUACUGUCAGUACAUGAAUAAGACAGAAGGUCAUAAUGUAUGGAAAUAAACAGAGUUUUCAAAGUGCCUUGAUUUGUGUGACUUCAAGAUAACACACAAUUUAAGAAGUCUUGCUUGCUUCACUCAUAAACAGGAAGUAGCAACACUAUCUUCAAGACACUUAUUACUUCAUGUAUGUUAAUUGCAUGAUGUGAUGUGAUAAUCUAUAGGUAAGCCAGACUUGUAGAUGUUCUUGAAAUACUGGGCAUAAUGAAAAGCAGAGCAAAUUGUGAAGAAUUUAGAAAUGAUUUCUCUGAAUUAGAUGAAUAGGCAAUAACAUAAUAAAUAAAUUCCAAAGUUUGUAGGAGAUUUAUGUAAAGAGGGCAGGAAUCCAAAACAGCAUAACUUGAUUGAAUCCAAACUCACUGUGACUUUCCAGC